CGCUGUCGCUCAUAAAAUAUGGCGUCGUAGGAAGUAUUGUUGUUGUCCUAAAGAAAGUGGCAACAUACGGACAUGCGAAGGACCACGCACGUGGUGGACAAAUCAUACGAGUUAGAAGGCGAAUAAGGUGACCGUGGUAAUGAACAGCGAUGUUGAGAUCUACCGGGUUCUUCCGUGGCAUUGACUGCCCGUUUUAUUGUGAUAAAGGGAAAGCCGGUAGAGAUGAGUGCAGCAGACCCUACUGUCACUUCAGGCACAGCAAACAAAGACGAGCCUCCUCUGGGAAAUACGAUAUCAGAAAGACUAAAGCGCUUUCGGCGAGUCCAAACGAAAAAGGUUAUGAUCCAUUCAGUCCGGAGGUUGUAAGAUCAGGAGAGCAUUAUAAUGUGGAGCCAUCAUCAAGCCUGUCGGCGGGUCAGGAUGUGGACCUGGGCACCAUUGAGCUGGAACUGGUCAAUAGGGCCAUUGAAGCUGUUCGCAGCGAAAUGGAGAGGGACAAGAAGAAACUCUCUCAGAUUGGAGACCAGGAAUAUGAGCCCACCACUAGUUCUGUUAAGAGACAUAGACCCACUGCUGCAUCGUCCCAUCAGGGCUACGAUCCUGGAAGCUAUCAAAUGGGACAAGCAACUGAAUACAACCCUACCCCACGCUCCAAUAAAUACACUUUAGACUCUGAGAACUGCAGUAGUAAUGCAAACGCGCUGGAGUACGUGCCGACUACUGUCUCCAAAGCAAAAGUUAAAAAGGUGUUACCCCCACCACCUACUGUCAGCACCAGUUCUGUCAAGUGUAAAUACACGCUGGAUAAUUCCAAACCCUCCACGGAUAUGGAGUACGACCCACUCUCAAACUACUCCGCUAAGCUGACUGUUAAAGAACGGAGGACUUUGUGUUCAGAAGGAGAGAGGAGAAAGAGAUUUCACCACGCAGAAAGGGAAAAACAAUCGCAGGAUGAGGAGUAUGUUCCAACGGUAAAGAAACCAAGGUCAUUGCCGCCAAAGGCCGACGUCCCAAAAUACACCGCUAGUUUUUCUGAAUCUGAUGAGGAAAGUUCCGGGACAGAGUAUCGUCCGACGUCCAUAAGCCGACUGCGGCUCAAGGGGAUCCAAACAGUCUUGAAACAAGAAAGAGAGUCAGUUGAUGCAAAUGCUGGUACAUUGAGACAACAAAGGAAGCAGGACUCUAGAACAGAGGAUGUCAUUUCACUGAGUGAAUCGGAAGAUUUUGAGUCCCAGGAGCUGGACAGGACAAGUAAAAAGGUAGUUAAAAAAAAGACUGAAAAGACUGAAAAAAGUGUCCAGUUGAAAAGUAACAAAUCCGAAAAACUGAAAAAAGAGGAGAAAGACUCAAGUAAAAAAAGUAACAGUCACAAAGAAAGACAAGGAAGUUCUAGUGGGGAAAAGACAUCAAAGAAUUCAGGUAAAGACAAUAUGAAAAAAGACAAGAUCCAAGGUAAGAAUGUAGAAGUAAGCAGUAAAUCUAAAGAAAAGUAUUCGGAAAAGGUGCGGAAACAAAGUACUGAGGCAAAAAACAGUGUUGACAAGAACAAGUCAGGGAAGGUGAAAAGCGACCAGAGCAAAAAGGAAAAAGAUAAAAGUAGCGAUUCCAAGAAGCCUAGAACAGACAAGCCCAUGAAAACGGUCAAGGAAUUGUCCAAAUCCAAAGACAACAAGAACGGAAAACUUGAGACCAGUGGAAAGGAGAAGGAGAAAAAGAAGAGCAGUCAUGGCAGCAAUAGCAGUAGCAAUAAAGAGAAAAGUAAAAAAAACAGCUCAGCCUCCAAUCAAAAAGAGGCAAGAGAGACCAAACAGAGGAAUCUAAGCCACGUGGAUUUGUUUGGUGCCGAGAGUGCUGAAGAGGAAGAUGAGGAAGACGAGAGGAUAGUGAGGAAGUCGGCUUCUGCUUUUAAACGGGGAAGUGUUAUGAAUAAUAAGAGGAAAACCUCAGAAGUUACAUCUUCAUCAUCAGAGGAUGAUUAUGAGGCUGAUGAUGGUGGUGGAGAUGAUGAUGUAGGAGUGGACUACUCCAGCCUGCAGGCUGAGAUGGAGUAUGAUUCUGACCCGAUGGAGGAGUGUCUGCGGAUAUUUAAUGAAUCCAAAGAGGUGAAGAUGGAAGAUAAAGGGAGACAAGCCAAGCAGCCUUCACAGGAGCAGGAGGAGGAGGGGGAAGACACAGAAAGCACUUUAUCUUCUCUCUUUCCUGGCCAGAAGAAGAGGGUGUCACAUUUUCAAGCUCAAGGAAAAUCGGAGACAUCACUGAAUGCUGUACCGAUGCCACAUCGGAGGGUGACUGCGCAGGAGAUCUGUUUCCAGCGUAUGCAGAAGGCCCAGCAGCAGGCGGCACAGCUGGCUGCUGCAGUAAAGACUGCGUCUGCUUCCACCAAACCAGUUCUUGGGCUCUCUGGAGCAAAACAGAGGGUGGCACACCGGCCAAAUACCUCCCUGCCCUCUUCAAAGCCUGGCCUAGCUAAUUCCAGCAAACAGGUGUUGUCACCCACCACAUCGGCGACAGAUCAGAUUCCUGUGAAAGCUCAUACAUCAGCUGGCAUCCUUUCAAAGACCGUAUCCACUACAGUGCAGAAGAGAGUGGCUCACACCCCUACACUCAAGAGCCCUACUAUGAAUCGUCCUGUCAUUCCCGCUGAAUUUGGGGCAAAGGUUCCCACUAAUGUUCGCCAGCGUUAUCUCAACAUCUUCAUAGACGAGUGUCUGAAGUUCUGUCCCUCUGAACAAGAAGCUUUUCAGACGGCUCUGGAGGAGGAGAAGGUGGUAUAUGACAGAAGCAGCAGUAAGAACAUUUACCUGAAUGUAGCUGUGAACACACUGAAGAAGCUCCGCAGCAAGACCACACCUGUAUCUCCUGCCAUCAAGAGUCCAGCAGUAUCUGUGAAUAGAAAGGCUCAGUCCCAUGAAGGAGUUCUUGGUGGUCGACUUGCUGCUACAACCAGCUUCACCAUCAACCGCUCUGGCAAACAGCAAGAUAUGGACCUUAAAGGUGCCAUUCUUUACAUGAAAUUGAAGAGUUACCUUAUGACGGAGGAACAGCUGGAGGAGCAUGGCUACCCCAGACCUCAUCCCGAGAUCUCGGGUCAUGCUGUAGUCCAUAACCUCCCAGAAAAGAAGAAUAAUGACCCUUUUUCCAAAGUGUGUUGCAGAUGUGGUGCUGAGUACAAGAUAAACGCUAAUGGCAGCUGUGUGCGUAAGGAGGAGUGCAGUCACCACUGGGGAAGAUUACGCAGAAACAGAGUGCCGGGAGGUUGGGAAACACUUUAUAACUGCUGUUCUGGUGCGGUUGGUUCUCCUGGAUGUGAAGUGUCUAAACAACACGUACAAGAUGGGCGGAAAGAAUCUUUAGAUGGUUAUGUGAAGACUUUUAGCAAACGGCUACCUGUAGAUGGGAACGGAGGUGUAUACGCCUUGGACUGUGAGAUGUGCUACACAAAACAAGGGUUGGAGCUGACCAGGGUGACUGUCAUUAAUUCUGAGCUCAAGGUCGUGUAUGAUACGUUUGUCAAGCCGGCGAGCAAAGUAGUGGAUUACAACACACGGUUCUCGGGUGUGACGCAGGAUGAUCUGGAGAACACCACCAUCACCCUGAGAGACGUGCAGGCAGUGCUACUGAGCAUGUUCAAUGCUGAAUCCAUUCUGAUUGGACACAGUCUGGAGAGUGACCUGUUUGCCCUUAAGCUUAUUCACAGCAUGGUCGUGGACACGGCUAUUGUGUUUCCUCAUCGCCUGGGUCUGCCUUACAAACGGGCCCUACGAAACCUUAUGGCCGAAUACCUCAAACAAAUCAUACAGGACAACGUGGGGGGGCAUGACUCCAGUGAGGAUGCACGGGCCUGCAUGGAGCUCAUGAUCUGGAAGAUCAAAGAGGAUGCAAAGGUGAAGAGAUGACCUUUGACCCCACUGGCUCUAUGUCACCACCUGGAAUGAUUUUCGAUGAACAGAGUGACGUAGAGGAAGAGUUUGUGAAGCCCUUCAUAAUGGGCUGUGCGUCACUUGGCUUGGAUGAACUGCGUCAAAGUAAAUGCUGCAGUUUGAAUGAGAGAGAGAGAGAGAGAGAGAGAGAGAGAGAGA